AAUCAAUAAAAAUUGUUACUUAAUUGAAUAUUUACAGGAAUGUAAACAAGAAAUGAUAUAAAGUGUAUCCACUUAAAUUAACUAAUACCAAAAACAGCUGAAUACAUAAACUGCAUACAUUUGUAUAUACAUACGACCAUACAUACAUAUGUAUAUAAAUCCUCAGUUGUGAAGCUAACCAAAUAUUUGCCAUAUUAAAAUACCCGUUUGUGAGAGAAAAAUCUAAAGCCUAAUCGUUGGGAAAGCGCCACUGCCACUAAUAAAUACGUCAAAUAUGUCAUCAACUGCAACAGCAACUGCGGCCGUCGCCAAACUGCCAGUCAUCGAUAUCGAUCAACCCAAAUAUGAUCAAAGCACAUACCUCAAUCGGGCCAAGCACUUCUUCCUUCUCACCAAUCCGCUCAACCUUUUGGCCAGCAAUGGGGAGUUGGAGCGUGCCAAACGUAUUAUUCAAAAUUAUCGCGCCGGUAAGCCGGUACCCGAGUGCAAGAGUGUUGAGGAGUUAUGGCGCGCCAAGUACUUGUACGAUUCAGCUUUUCAUCCGGAUACUGGAGAGAAGUCUCUGCUUAUUGGUCGUAUGUCGGCACAAGUGCCAAUGAACACCUUGAUUACAGGAUGCAUGUUAUCGUUCUACAAAACCACGCCAGCCGUCGUCUUCUGGCAAUGGGUCAAUCAAACAUUCAACGCUAUUGUGAACUAUACAAAUCGCUCUGGGAAAACACCCAUAUCCAAAGAGCAAUUAAUUACUUCAUAUGUGUUGGCCACUGGUGGCGCUUUGACCACAGCGCUCUCCCUCAACAGGCUAGUGAAGAACUUGAACCCACUUAUUGGACGCCUAGUGCCAUUGGCGGCGGUAUCCGCAGCAAAUUGCAUCAAUGUUCCAAUGAUGAGACUACAAGAAUUGAAGAAUGGUGUUACCUUGCUGAAUGAAAAGAACGACGAAUUGGGCGUUUCGAAGAAAGCGGCUGCUGUUGGCAUCACGGCUGUUGUGGCUAGUCGCAUUGCCAUGGCCACACCUGGAAUGUUUCUAACCCCUCUAUUGAUUCAAACAUUGGAAAAACGUGGCUUCCUCAAGCGCUUUCCAAAGGCUAGUGCACCCAUUCAAACCCUCUUCUGUGGUUUUGUUUUAAUUUUUGCAACUCCGUUGGGAUGCGCAUUCUUUAGCCAGCGCGCUUCGAUUGGGGUGGACAGAUUGGAAGAGGACGUACAAGAAAAGAUCAAAAAACAUAAUCCCGAGCUUACCGAAGUAUGGUUUAACAAGGGCUUGUAAGCAAAGAGCUUAGCUUUUUCGAAACUUUUUUAACUGAUUUUGCAUUUCGAAAGGACAAUAAUAUAUUCCAAUUAGUUUGUUGUAAGCUCUGAUAGUGGGGGAAUUUUGUUAGAAUAUAAUAUUUAAAAAAAAGUAUGGAAUUUAGUUUCCUCCAAGGAAUACUCGUACAUACAAGCAAAUGUACUAUAUGUAAAUCUGCAUAUAAACAGUUAUGGAUGUCUAUACGUUUUCAAAUACUUAUAUUAAUUUAGUAAUACACAAAUAUGUAUUUCUAUUAGCAGUCAAAUUGGAUACUCUCCAUAAUUUUGAUAGCGCAUCAUUGACAUUGCAUAUCUUUCCCAAAGCAGGGCUUCUGAAAAUUGUAAAGAAAUACCUCAUUUUAGAAAUUACAUUCGCUGUAUUGCUCUUGCUUAAUGAUAAUUUACUUAAUAUUACUUUAAAGUGUUUACUUCAUUUUUACAAAUGUUUGUAUGAAAAUUACUUAUUAAAAGGAGCAGAAAAGUGUAGCGUAGAUAUGUUAAUUAUUACAAACAAAAUAAAGACUAUUUUUGAAUUAAUGUAACUUCAA